AGCUGCGCGCGAGAAACAAACACUGCCUCCGGAAUAGACCCAAGAGACGGGAGUAGUUGUCUUGCAAGAGGGAAUAUUUCAUUAACGAAUGCAAACGCUGUAAAGGCGUAUUAAAUAACCAUCGACUCAUCGAAACUAUAUGCACGACGAAUCUGCAACAUUUUAUUUAUUUUAUUUUUGGAGUCUUACAAGGCGGCGGGGAAAUGUCCUGGUGGCCGCGCGGUGAGGAUGGGGAAGAGGCGGUGUAUCAGGACACGGAUUCAGACGUGGCCGAACAACGAGAGAGUGGAAAGGUUAAAGUGAAAUGGACACAGGAGGAGGAUGACAAUCUGCGAGCUUUGGUGCAACGUUAUGGACCUAAUGAUUGGAAAACCAUAGCGGGCUACCUGUCGAAUCGCACUGAACAUCAGUGCCAACAUCGCUGGUUUAAAGUCCUGGACCCAGAUCUGGUUAAGGGCCCCUGGACAAAGGAGGAAGAUGAGAAGGUGAUAGAACUGGUGAAUAAGUACGGCAACAAGCAGUGGGCCAUGGUGGCCAAGCACCUGAAGGGCAGGCUGGGUAAACAGUGCCGAGAGCGCUGGCACAACCACCUCAACCCUGAUGUGAAGAAGUCCUCCUGGACGGCCGAGGAGGACCUGAUCAUCUACAAGGCUCACUGUGUACUCGGCAACCGCUGGGCCGAGAUCGCCAAGCUGCUCCCCGGGAGGACGGACAACGCGGUGAAGAAUCACUGGAACUCCACCAUAAAGCGCAAAGUGGAGAUGGGCUGCUACACUGGGGAGAAUGUCGCCUCUGAAGUGUCCGUCCAGUACAGUAAUGACCAGGAGAUGGAGUUUCAAUGUGAGGUUGUUCCAGAAGCGGAUGCUGAGCAGGAAGCCAUAGAUCAGGAGUCUUCCCACCCCUCUACUGUGGUGCCUACAAGGGAGGUAGCCACUCCCAAGUCAUCUUCUCCCCACGAUCACCGAGGGCCGCAGACCCCCAAAAGCGAGUCGGACCCUGCGGGCGAGGGCAACACCAGCCGCUGGGUGGUGGACAGCACCGGCUUCCUCUCUCCCACACCUGGCCCUGCCUUCAAGGAGGUGCUGGAGCUGAUGGAGGAUCAGGACUUGGAGGAGUGGUGCGACCCCACGGUGUUCGACCUGCCGGAGGAGAGCCAGGGCUCGGAGCUGCUGCAGUUCCGGCUGGAAGGCAGCGCCCUGCAGGAGCUGAGCCGCGGCAGCCGGGGCGAACUCAUCCCCAUCUCCCCCGGAGGAGCCACCCCGCCCUCCAUCCUCACCCGCCGCACCCGCCGCUGCAUUUCCCUCUCCCCCAACGCCAACGACUCCAUGACCCCCAAGAGCACCCCCGUCAAGAUCCUGCCCUUCUCCCCCUCACAGUUCCUCAACUUGUGGACCAAGCAGGACUCCUUAGACCUGGAGAACCCCUCCCUCACCUCCACCCCUGUCUGCAGCCAGAAGGCCAUCGUCACCACACCCUUGCACCGGGACAAGACCCCGCUUACCCAAAAAGAGAACUCUGUGUUCAUCACGCCCAACCAUAAAUCAGAUUUUGACCCUACCCCCCGCACUCCAACGCCCUUCAAAAAUGCCAUGGAAAAAUAUGGCUCCCUACGGCCAAUGCCUCCUACUCCAAACCUUGAGGAUUUAAAGGAAGUUUUGCGCAGAGAGGCUGGCAUCGAGCUGACUGUGGUGGAUGAGCACCCUGCUGAGCAGAGACGCAAGCAGGCGCAUCGACCACCAAUGAAGAAAGUGCGCAAGUCCCUGGCACUUGAUGUUGUGGACUGCGGUGAUAAUAUUGCUUCCCGAAUCCAGCCAGCUAACUCCAGCAUUAGCAGCCCAAAGAAAGAAGAAAAUGUUUUGGAUCAGGGAUUCAUCCUGGCUCCAAGUGAGAGUGAAGAUCCAAGCCCAGCACCUCCAACUCCGAUGUCCCAGGCAUGGGAAGCUGUGGUGUGCGGACGCACAAAGGACCAGCUGAUCAUGACUGAGAAAGCCCGCCGUUACCUACGCUCCCUGCAACCCAACGCCCCAAACCGCGCUCUCAUCCUGUCCUGAGUCCAGCGCACCCAGACGGCUAGCUCUCUCUUUCCGCUCUACAGGUUACAGAAAUAACUCUCCCUAAUCUACAUGUACUGUCCUCAAUUCAUCUACUCUGGCCAAGGAUCAAAAAUUGUAAUUGUAUGAAGAAAUGUCCAAAUUGUUUUUGAUAUUUUUAAUUUAAUACCGUGGUAAAACUAAAGUGGUGAACUUUUUUUAUUAAAUGUUCAUGUACCAUUUUUUGCAGUAUUGGUUGCUGUUAAUCAGGAAAUUUACCAUCUUUCUUGCAUAUGUGACAGUACUGCUAUAUGGCAAUAAUAUUAUAUAAUGUUUAUAUUUACCUUCCCUGCCCUACCUGUAGAUAAAGCCAAUUUCUUAUUGAAUGUGUACGCCUCAUUUUCAUAAUUUCAGUGUUCUGGGUAUAAUUAAUUUUUUUCUGUUUGUUUGUGUAUUUAAACUGGUUGAAAAUUCUCAGUUGUAAAAAAAAAGCAAUUGCUUCAUUUUGUGUUCUUUUGUGAUUUACCACCUUUUUGAUUGUGUUGAAAUAUAUGAGCUCAUGUCAUAGGUUCACAUUUGACAUUCUGUUUAUCGCUAAACAAAUCAAUUAUUUGUUCACUUUUGAUUAGUACAAAAAUGAGCAGCUAGCUAAAUAUAGCAUUAGGUUGCGCUAUGUUUUUAGUUACUGUGUAUUACCAUGUUUUUAUGUUAAAGGUUUGUCAGGGAUUUAACUGUUUACAUGUCCUUAGGGAAUAUAAGAAGUUCUUAUUUUUGAUAUCUAAAUCUGUUACUUACAUUUGUGUCGAUUAAUUUAACAUGACAGGAAUUGACUACAAGACCAUGUUGAAAAGCGAGCCGUGUGUAAACAUCGUAGUCACUGGCUCUGGUAGCCAUGGCAUCAAGUCUACAUUCUCCUGUUCUCCAAUGUGAGUUCUGGUGCAAGGAAUAUAGAUUGUUUUUACAGCAACUUUGAAAUGACUGUAUAUUCACAUUGUGAAUGCAGGAAAUAGCUCUUCUGCCUCAAUCAAGAUCAAAUGCCUCUUAUCUAUUUAUCCUGUAAAAUAAGAACCUUCAUCCAAUGUUAGAUCCUGAUUUAAAGUGAUGUAAAACCAGUACAUAAUUCCAUUAUGUAUUAUUACAGUGUAAGUGGUUUAAUCAUAAAUUGUAUAUUUGUACAAUGAGGGGGGGGGACUAGUACAUAAAAGCAUUAGAAGUGUGA